UUCGAGUAUCCGCACUUCCUUAUUUAUAGAGAAAGAUUGACAGGGUUGACAUCAGCGGAAGAGGACACCCUUUACAUCCCGAUACGCACCGUUCCGAUCCUAUUAGCUAACUUUCAUUUUUACCCGCAUAAAGCAAUUGUUGCCCUUCCAGUUAAAAAAAAAUGGGGUUAUGUUUCGGAUUUCGAAUGUAGGCAACAGCGGGUGGAAAAGGACCUCCUUUACGUUUCAAGAGAAACUCCUACUUCCGUGUUGCUCUGCUCCGCAACAAGUGCCCUUCCCGGAUCAACUCAAUGCCAAACUAUGAAGUAACGGAGACUCGACACUUGUGAAUUCGAAAAAUACCACAUAUCCUUAAGAACCUAUCUCGCCAAAGGACCUUGCAGUAAAUUUUACGAAGAAUGCCUGCUGGGGUAUGUGGCUGCUGUGGUCCCCUGCGGCCUCGGUACAAGCGCCUGGUUGACAACAUCUUCCCCGAGGACCCCAAAGAUGGCCUAGUCAAAUCAGAUAUGGAAAAGCUGACCUUCUAUGCAGUGUCGGCCCCGGAGAAGCUGGACCGCAUUGGGGCCUACCUGGCGGAGAGGCUGAGCAGGGAUGUCGUCAGGCAUCGUUACGGGUAUGUAGUUAUUGCCAUGGAGGCUCUGGACCAGCUGCUGAUGGCCUGCCACUCCCAGAGCAUCAAACCCUUCGUGGAGAGCUUCCUGCACAUGGUCGCCAAGCUGCUGGAGUCCCGGGAGCCGGAUCUGCAGGUCCUCGGAACCAACUCGUUUGUCAAGUUUGCCAACAUUGAGGAGGACACGCCAUCUUACCACCGCCGCUACGACUUCUUCGUGUCUCAGUUCAGUGCCAUGUGCCACUCCACCCACGAAGACCCGGCGACCAGGACCAGGAUCCGCAUGGCGGGGAUCAAGGGCCUCCAGGGCGUGGUGAGGAAGACGGUGAACGAUGAGCUCCAGGCUAUCAUCUGGGAGCCCCAGCACAUGGACAAGCUCAUCCCCUCAAUGCUCUUCAACAUGCAGGAGGCAGAAGAUUUUGACAGGACGGGGCACCCCAGCACCCCCUCGGGACGGGAACGUGAGGAGAACCCGGCCGCCCUCGCCGAGAGCUGCUUCCGGGAGCUGCUGGGAAGGGCCGCCUAUGGCAACAUGAACAACGCCGUCCGCCCCGUGCUGGUGCAUUUAGACAACCAUCACCUGUGGGACCCCAACGAGUUUGCCGUCUCCUGUUUCCGGAUCAUCAUGUAUUCCAUACAGGCCCAGCAUUCACACCAUGUGAUCCAGCAAGUCCUGGGCCACCUGGACACCCACAGCAAGAACACACCCCGUGUGCGAGCUGGCAUUGUGCAAGUCCUCCUGGAAACAGUCGCCAUAGCGGCUAAAGGGUCCGUCGGCCCAACCGUCCUGGAGGUGUUCAACACCCUCCUGAAGCAUCUGCGCAUGAGUGUGGACUUCGAGCUGGGCGAGGGCUCCCGGCGCAACUCCGGCACCAGCGUCACCUCGAGGUCCAAGGAGAACGAGGAGAGGAUCGUCCAGAAUGCCAUCAUUCAGACUAUUGGGUUCUUCGGUGGCAACCUGCCAGACUACCAGCGCGCUGAGGUGAUGAUGUUCAUCAUGGGCAAAGUGCCAGUUUACGGGACCCCCUGCCACACCCUGGAUACGGUGAAAAUCGGGCAUCUGGGCACCAAACGUAUCCAGGCCAUGCUGCUCAGCUCCCUCAUCAUGGUGACGUCCGGCUUCAAGUCGAAGACCAUGUCGGCGGCGUUGCCCGCCCCUUUCCUGGACCCCCUCUUCUCCAUCUCCCUGAUGGAGGACAGCGAGCUGAGGCAGCUGGUGCUGGAGAUCCUGCACAACAUCAUCGAUCGCCACGACAACCGGGCCAAGCUGCGGGGCAUCAGAAUCAUUCCUAAUGUGGCGGCUUUGAAGAUCAAGAGGGAGAAGAUCUCCAAGCAGGAUGUCAGUUUCAUGAAAAAGCACGGCCAGCAGCUGUACAGGCACAUCUACCUGGGCUGCAAGGAGGAGGACAAUGGCCACAAGAACUUCGAGCUGCUCUUCACCGCCCUGGCCCUCAUCACCAUCGAGCUGGCCAACGAGGAGGUGGUCGUGGACCUCAUUCGUCUGGCGAUCGCUCUGCAGGAUAUGGUCCUGAUCAAUGAGGAGAACAUGGCCAUGUUCAUCCGCUGCAGCAUCAUGGCCCUGGUGGCGGCCUACCUGAACUUCCUCAGUCAGAUGAUCGCUAACCCACCCUUCUGUCAGCAUGUCAGCAAGGUCCUGGAGAUGAGAAACCUGGAGGCUCCGUACCUGCUGCCCGAGCACAUCUUCCGGGAGAAGUGCCAGCUACCCAGCACCCUGGAAAAGGAGGACAGGAGUUUGUACUUCCAGACCAGCGAGAUUGCUGAAUCGCUGGCGGGCCCUGGUUACAACGUGGACAGGCUGUCCGUGCCCUACAUACCACAAGUGACAGAUGAAGACCGCCUCUCUAGAAGGAAGAGCUUUGUUGACACAAUCUCACUCCAGGUGGACAUCCUCCCCAGCAGCCUGCCAGACAAGUCCCAGCUGGCUGAGGAGAUCACCUUUGAGACUCUGAAGAAGGCUAUUGACACCACAGGCAUGGAGGAACAGGAGAGGGAGAGGAGGCGGCAAGUGAUCGAGAAGUUCCAGAAGGCUCCAUUUGAGGAGAUCGCCGCUCACUGCGAAUCCAAGGCGAAUAUGCUACAUAACAGACUGGCACAGAUCUUUGAGCUCACAAUCCGGCCUCCGCCCAGCCCGUCAGGUGCCGUGACGAUCACCGCCGGCCACGCCCAGUACCAGUCGGUGCCCGUCUACGAGAUGAAGUUCCCAGACCUGUGUGUCUAUUAGACCCCUGCCCCUGUGAUGUAACGGCUGCAGCCGACUUCAGCUGUUUAGAUCAUUAGAAUCACUCAGUAGGCUAAAUUAGGAAAUCAAUUUUAUUUACUGCAGUGUUAGAGCAACUCUGAGCGUCACCUAAUCUCAUGUUGGAAACUUUCAUUACAGACAUGAGUUUUUUUUUUUAUUUUUCUUUUUUCCCCAGCACUUACACAGAAGUGGGCCUGCUUGGAUAGCAUCACCUUGUUUUAAAAUCUGUAGGGGAAAAGUUUAAAUUGUGUUGCACACAUAUAUUAUUAUAACAAUGCUGAUCUACUGAAAUCUAAAAAUGCCAUAUAAAUUGGUAUUACUGGAUUCUCCUAGGUACUGCCCGAGGACUGAAUCUUAAGUUUUAGGUACUGUAUAUUGGUGACUGGGUAAAACUCAACUUUAGGAUGUUCAUGGGAAAUCCAUGGGGAGGUUUCUUGUGAGGUAAGACUAAUGAUUGUAUGUCGUAUCAGCUGUGAUCCAUGCCCUAUGAAAAAGUAAUAUUUCCAAAUAACAAAAAAUCUACAGAAUUCCUUUAAGUAUGUCAGUAUAAUAAUGUAUAAUGUAUACCAGAAAAUAUAUCAGCUGCUCAGCAUUAGUAAUUUGGUGAAUAUAUUGUAGAAUAUGUAAUAAAAUUAUAUAUAGCAAAAUGUACUUGGCGUCAUGAUUACAUUAAUAUGACAAGUGAUGUAUUUUACAGUAUAUUCAAUAUAUUAAUCAACAUACCUGAAAAAAUACAUUGUUGCGCCCAAUAUGUGUAAAGCAAAAUUAUACUGGUUGUAGAAUCUUUUUCAGAC